GGCAUUAUUAGUUGUCAAAAUGAAUGUCAAGCUUUUGUGAAGCUCGGUCGGGGUGGUUUUUGUGGGUAUUUGUCACUGAAUUCCACUUUAAAUAAACGUCUUCAAGCGGAAUACAUACUCUUUCCGGAAUGAAAUUGAACCUGCCCAAGUGAAAACUAACAUAUCGAAGACAUUAAUGUGAAAUAUUCGCAUAAAUUCCGUUCAGAAGAAAAUCCCAUAAGAUGUCGGCACAGAUUUUCCAAUUUUUUAUUCUAUUUAUUCCAUAAAAUCUCAUUUUCAUCAUUUAGAUAAUUUCUCUUAAUACUAAUUAGGACUUGUAGGAUAUAUACAUUAGCGUUUUUCAGGAUAGUUCAGGGAAUUUACUUAUCAUUUAUCUUUUUAUUUGUCUAAAUUUUCUCAUUCUAUUUUGUUUUUUUUUUCUCAACGAUGAUACGCUCUUCUUGAAUAAAAACAAAUCGCGGACAUUAUAUUCAAUUUUGCUUGUGCUUGAUAUAUUUUGUGAAUUUCCCGGUUUGAAUAUCGCUCGGACUUACUAUGAAUAUACAGACAAUAACAAAUGUUAAUGAUUGCGUGCCGUUGUACCUGCCGCACAGCCUCUACCUCAAACCUCAGGCGAAGUUCAAUGUGUCAGUUUCGUUGCCAUCGAAUAAGUUGGGAAAAACUAUUUCCAACUUAGAUAUUAUGGACAAAUUGAAUAAUGCCAUCAAACCGGACAAGGUGACGGUGCUAAAGGUAUCGAAAAGCACCUUGGAAUUUAUCCGAUUUGAGGGCGAACUUGAAGAUCGAACAAAAUUACGUGGCGUAUUAGCGCGACUAGAUGGCUUAUCGUUAAAGAUUUCUAGCUUUACUGAAAACUUCAAAGUUCGUGCGUGUGAGGCCAAAGACGAUUUUCCUACUCGCCACGACUGGGACUCGUUCUUUCGUGACGCUCGCAAUAUGGAUGAAAUGAAACCAGGCGAACGCCCAGAUACAAUUCACAUCUCCAAUCUACCGAUUCGCUGGUUUUGUCCACGACACAUGGAAAAUGAGGAAAAUGUGAAACCUAGUGAAAACAUCUUCAGGCGAAUAUUUGAAAAAUUUGGUAGUGUACGCUGCGUUGAUAUACCAAUUUGCGAUCCUUACCGGUCGCAGAUGAAAACAGAAAUUACUGGCAUGAAAACGUUUACUUUCGAUCAGGAAGUUAUGUUUGAAGGGUAUGUUCAAUUCAGUGAAUAUCUGGGUUUCGUCAAGGCUAUGGACGAAUUCCGUGGAAUGAAAUUAGUGCGAAAGUUGGGCGACAAAAAUCAAGCCGUGAACAUUUCCGUGACAUUCGAUAAAACUAAGCAUUUGAGCGAUGGGAGCAUAAAAAGGCGAAAUAUAGUUAGGGAUCGACUUAUAGCAAAGGAGAAGGCCAAGCAUGAGGAAGAAUUGAAGAAUAAAAAGCUGGAGGAAGAGAAACAGGAGCGGGAAAGGAAACGACAGGAGGAGCUCAAGCAAAAGGAGUUAGAAUUGCAGCGUCAACGUGAGGAACGACGGAAAGAGAAGCAUUUAAAGAAAAUACAUGAAAAGGGACAAUGGGAUCUAACAAAUAAAAUCCGCGCUGAGGAAAGGAAAUUGAUGAUUGCACAGCGCAAGCUGGAAAGUCUACGUCUUUUCGAAGCCCUCUUCGAUCGGAUAAAGCAAAAAGAAUUGUCUUCAAAGCAAGCAGAUACCUCUACGAAGAUUAAAAAAUUAGAGACGAAUGAUCUUCGAAACAAACUUGCAAGCAAAUACAAGACAGCACAAGAGGAACUUCUUAAUAAGCAGAGAUCCAAGGUGAAAGAGGUUAAAGGUAGAACAGGUUUGCUGCCUUUGAUAGACAAAAACAAACUAGAAGAUCGUUCUCCUAGUAUAAAUUCAAUAAGUUCGGAUGAUAGUGUAUUAAGCGAUUCCCAUCAAGCUAACAAAACCAAGAAGAAAAGAGCAAAGAAGAAACGAGAAGAUGAAGAAUCAGAACCUUCUAUUUCGUCUUCCGAAUCCGAAUCAACAAAGGCCAAAACCGAAGCAAAGCAGCCCCUCAAUCCUUUCACUGCUUUGUACAAUCCGGAAAUGGCAGCCGAAAUGUUUCAACAGUUGACAAUGUACCCCUACGCGGCUGCCUCCAUGCUUCCAGUAAUGGCAGCGGCAGCGGGAAUUCGUCCGGGUUUCUUUCCCUCAGCCCCUGGUCCGCGUCCCAGUUUCCCAUAUCGAGGCGGUCGUUUUCCACGCAGAGGCGGACUUGGUCGAGGUAUGGGUCGUCGUCGAGAUACGUAUUCAUACGACAACGACCAGUACGUGAGAUACUUCAAGAAAACAUCUGGCUUGAAAAAUGGUGAUUACGACGGAAAUGACUACCAUGAUGAACAUGAUCAUCACAGAUCUAUAUCGUAUUCAAGAAGUCGCUCUCGAUCCCGAACAUCAAAUCGGUCUCGGUCGCGCUCCCGCUCUCGAUCGAAUCAUCGUUAUAGGUCGAAAUCUCGUCGGUCACACUCCCGUGGUCGUGGUAGGUCAAGAUCUCGCUCGCAUCACACUCGAUCCCGAUCCCACCGUUCAUCAAAGUCACGUUCACGUAACAGGUCACAUAGACGAUCACGUUCUCGAUCUCGAUCGAAAUCCAAGUCAAAAACUACCAAACUUGUGUCAACCCGCCGAUCCCGGACUGUCUCGUCAUCGUCAGGUUGGUCACGAUCACGUUCAAAAUCACGAAGUCGUUCCUGGUCACGAACUGAUCAACGUGAUAAAAAUGAAGACAGCAAGCACGAGGACGUCUCCCAACGCAAAAUAGUACUUCAGCCAGAAAAGUUAGUUCGAUCGGCAAAAGAAAUUCAGCGAUCUGUACAACAAAAGUUGUAUGAACGCGCCCAACAGGAAGAGAAUGCGAAGAAACACCGAAAGGAGUCGCAUAGCGAUAGAACAAAAGAAGCAUCGACUUCUAAACGGCGUUCAAGUUCGGUUGAUAGCUCUAAAUUUAUCUCACCAAAACGGAAAGCGAAAAGUUCGACUCCAGAAAAAGAUUGGAGCCGUUGAUUGAAUCAUCAAUCCGUAGAGAGUAGUGUGUAAAUAGAUUAAUGACGCAUUAGAAAGUAUUUUAAGUCAAAAGUGAAAAAUAGCUGUUUUUGUAUUUCUUUUAUUUGAAGUAAAAUUAACUUCUAAUUUA